AUGGGAUGUAUAGAAACCAGAGUUAAGGAGCAUAAAGCAAAGAAAAUUAAAAAAAAGAUAGCCAAGGGAUGGAAUGUAUGCUGCAAUUAUUCAUAUGCUGUGAAUGGGAGAAUUUGGAUACUUUGGAGAGCUCAUAUUCAAGUACAGAUUACCCAUAUGACAAAUCAGUUCAUCCAUUGCUGUAUUGAAGAUACUAGCACUCAAUUUAAAACACACCUUAGUAUCAUCUAUGCUCAGAAUGAUGGUCACCAAAGGGAGAAUCUAUGGAGGGAUCAUAGGCAGAUAAAUAUACCAACCCAGGAAACAUGGCUGCUCAGUGGAGAUUUCAAUAAUGUUCUAUCCUCUAAGGAUAUAAUAGGAUCCCCUGUAACUGCUGCUGAAAUACAGGGAUUUAAGGAUGUGAUUGAUGAUCUACAACUUACCCCACUUAGAGCUAAAGGUUGGAAUUACACUUGGACAAAUAAGCAAGGUACUGGUUCUAGGGUGUAUAGCAAGAUAGACUGGGCAUUAGGCAACUAUCAGUGGAUUCAGCAGUAUGGUCAUGUAGAAGCUGAUAUUUUGAAUCCAUCAAGCAUUAUUCAGCAAGUAUGGAACCAGUGCUAUGAUGGAGCACCUAUGCAACAGAUUUGGUGUAAACUGAAGAAUAUGAAUGAACAACUGAAGGAGAUAAAUGCCUAUAUGGCUUCAUACAAACAGAGUCUUGAGCAGGCAAGAGAGAAAUUGGAUAUUAUACAGAGUCAAAUAAAGCAGGAUCCUUUGGCACAUGCCCUUUUUAAUGAAGAGAAAGCAGCAUUAGAUGAAAUUGAGAAGUGGAGUAAUGUGGAAGAACAAGUAAUGAGGCAGAAGUCCAAGGCUUGCUGGAUUGAAUGUGGAGAUGCCAACACAAAGUAUUUUCAGGCUCAGUGGAAGAUUAGAUCCAACCAAAAUAGUAUAACAUCCAUUUAUACUGAUACAGGUAUGAAACUAACAGAGCCCAAAUUAGUUGAGCAGGAAUUCAUCAGUGUAUUUCAGUCUUUGAUGGGAGAUUGUGCUACUGAGUUGCCAUGUGCAAACACAGCUAUAAUUAAAGAAGGGCCACCCUUAACUAUAUCACAGCAAAGAACUUUGAUUCAGAAUGUUACAAUGGAGGAGAUCACAGAAGCAGUAAGGGAGAUGCCUAAAGACAAAGCAACAGGGGUUGAUGGGUUCCCUAUGGAGUUCUUUACCAGAAACUGGGAGAUAGUGAAAGAUGAUAUUUUUGCAGCUGUUAAGGAUUUUUUUCUACCAACAGAUUGUUGA